UGUCCCGCCUGUGGGGCCAGGAUGUCGGAGCGCGCCGACCUGCUGCGCUUCAAGUUCGACAACUACGGCGACUCGAUGCUGCAGAAGAUGAGCCGGCUGCGUGAGGAGAACAAGUUCUGCGAUGUGGUGGUGCGUGUGGACGACGCGGAGGUGCACGGGCACAAGAUUGUCUUUGCCGCCGGCUCCCCCUUCUUGCGCGACCAGUUCCUGCUCAAUGACUCCCGCGAGGUGAAGAUUUCCAUCCUGCAGAGCUCUGAGGUGGGCCGGCAGCUGCUGCUGUCCUGCUACAGCGGCAUCCUGGAGUUCCCCGAGAUGGAGCUGGUGAAUUACUUGACGGCCGCCAGCUUCCUCCAGAUGAGCCACAUCGUGGAGCGCUGCACGCAGGCCCUCUGGAAGUUCAUCAAGCCCAAGCAGCCGCUGGAGGGCAAGGAGGACUGUGAGCGGCAGAGCGACUCCUCGGAGCUGAAGGAGCCGCCGGGCGACGAGGACGACUCCCUGCAGCAGGACUCGCCGGGCGUUCAGCCCUCGGAAGACAGCCUGGACAUGGAGGACAGCGACAUCCAGAUUGUCAAGGUCGAGUCCAUCGGGGAGGUGUCCGAGGUCAGAAGUAAAAAGGACACGGCCCCGUUCAUUUCUUCCGAACAGACUGCUUUGCAUUCCUCCGAGCCACAGCACUUUUUAAUCAACUCCACGGUGGAAAACCGAGCGAAUGAAAUCGAGCAGAACCAUCUCCACAACUAUGCUCUUUCCUAUGCUGGCGGUGACAAUAUCGUGAUGGCUUCUAAAGAGAUGUUUGGCCCCAACAAUCGAGGCAUAGACAAAGGGCUCCAGUGGCAUCAUCAGUGUCCCAAAUGUACCAGGGUGUUCCGGCACCUGGAAAACUAUGCUAAUCACUUAAAAAUGCAUAAACUGUUCAUGUGUCUGCUGUGCGGCAAGACGUUCACUCAGAAAGGCAAUCUCCACCGGCACAUGAGGGUACACGCGGGGAUCAAACCUUUUCAGUGCAAGAUCUGUGGGAAAACAUUCUCUCAGAAAUGCUCCUUGCAGGACCAUCUAAAUCUGCACAGUGGAGACAAGCCCCAUAAAUGUAACUAUUGUGACAUGGUUUUUGCACAUAAACCUGUCCUGAGGAAACACCUUAAACAGCUACAUGGUAAAAAUAGCUUUGACAAUGCCAAUGAAAGGAAUGUUCAAGAUAUAACGGUUGACUUCGACUCAUUCAGCUGUAGCACCGCUACAGACAGUAAGGUCUGUCAGCCAGCGGACGCGAGCCAGGUACUGGAUGCAGGAAAACUGGCCCAGGCUGUGCUCAAUUUAAGGAGUGAUAGUACUUGUGUCAACAACUAAGCAGCUGCGGAAGCAGCCCUUUGGAAGUGUCCUGGGUGAGAGGAACAAGUUUGGUUCAGUCUCUUUGCCAAGCAGGUGGCCUGCUCCAUAAGGUUGUAUACAGGAGGGUUGAAUUACAAAGCGUAACAGGUCUUCAGCCUUCAUUCUAGUAGUUGUUAUU